AUGGCCAACGAAAACGACGACUCCAUCGAAAAGGCCUUCCAAGCACUAUCUCUCAACACAAAAACCACAGAAGCAGUCACACUCCUCUCGGAUGCCAGCAAAACCCACGUCGAAAUCCGGGAGCGACUGGCAGAUCCUCAAACCCUGAAAAGCCUCAUAGAAAUCAUCGAAUGCAACCUCUCCGAGUCACUACCUACCGUGGACCGAGCCCUGCGCUGUCUCGGGAACGCAUGCGCAGAUAACAACUCUGGUCGGGAUGCGAUCACCUCUCUAGGUUUCAGCUGGGCGAUACAAUGCCUACGAUCAGACGACGAGGAGACUGGGAUUCUGACGACGAAAGUUCUGUACAAUAUCUGUUCGGAUCACGAGGGUUCUCAGCAGCAAUGCUAUCGGGAGAAAGUACAUUUGGAAUUGGUGAGGUUUUUGAAUCUGGAUGCUGUGGUUGAAAGUGAGGAGUAUACUUUUGCGGUGGAUUUGUUGCUUUGGAUUACGGGGCAUAAAGCUGCGCUUGAACCGACGUUGGAUGAGCCGCUUCCUGAUCACCAAGUGGCUGCUUUGCUGAGGCUACCGAGAUUGUAUGCAGAUCAGAGCGAUCUCGACAACUUCGGCUCUCUGGUUGAAUCUGUCCUUGCCUUCCUUCGCGACACGACAGUGCAGCAGCAGAUCGUGGAGUUGCAGGUGUUCAUGGGUAUUUGGACGAUCCUGGAACUGGUUGAGGACAGGGGUACUUCGCUAGAUCCUGAGGUGGAGCAAGACGCCGAAGAUCUGAAAGUCCUUGCGCCUCUGAGCACCAGUCUGAUAUGGUGCAUGUCAGACUUUGCAGCGCGUGCAGAUUUUGCACAAGCCCAUGCCAAUGAAGUGUUGCGCAGUGUUCCAAACGAUCACCAGGAUGGCGACCAUACGGCAAUGGAGGUUACUGGGCUCGUUGAUCGCUUGAUAGAAUGCAUCCGAGACCAUGCAGAUGACGAGUUCGACGCAAAACGAGGUAUCGACGGAUCGCUAUACACAGCAGCGUGCGAGACCCUUGGUAACUUGCUCUGGGGCAGCACGCCAGAGUACUCAUAUUUGGUUGGCGAGGAGGAGCUUCAUGCUCCGUUGUUCCGCAGGAUCAUUCGUAGUGGGAACGGUCCCUCAGUAGCUGCGAUCUUGCACUCGAUUUGUGGUCUCUUGAUCCAGCUGUCUCGUCCCUCAAGAAAGGUGCGCGAAGAGAUUGGUGCCCACGAGGAAGCGUUGGCUGCGCUCGAGAUACUGUGCCGGCAUGAGAUGUCCCAGAUCAAGCAAGACAGCGUCAAGCUACUCAAAGCGCUUGGCAAAGAUUGCCCUCGCAACCAAGAGCGCUUCACGGACUUGGCGCAAGAGGUCUUGCAAGCGAUACGGGCUAGCAAUGACACAACAAUGGCGGGUGCUGAGCCAAGCUGA